UAACUGAAUUCAGUACAAGGACAAUGUUUAUGCACGUUUUCCCGAUAUUAAACGCCAUCUGACGCGACAUAUAACUAUAAAAACGAUACACGUCGUCGUUGUAUUGUGUUUGUGAGUUUUCAGCUUGCAGCAUAGCCUGGCUAGUGUUGACCGUUAGGAUACUAAAAAUUCUUGACACCAGAAUGCAGAGUUUAACAACUGUCACCUUGUUAGCAAUGUUGGUAUGCUCCUCGAACGGCUUGUUGGUACGUUCUCUUCCGGUAUCCUCGCAGGACGUGAUAAUCGAUGACAGGAGAGGUAGAACGAUUGAGCUGGAUGCUAAACUUCGUUCUCUGGAAGCGGAUAUCAAUAAACUUACGAGUGAGAUAGGAAACCAGAAAAGAUCGAACCCAGGGAGUCAAAAUCUGGGCGACACAUACUUGCCACCUACUGGAAAAAACGCAGCUUUCUCCGUUACACUUGAAAACGAUCAAGUUAUAGCAACUGGAUCAGCGAUACGUUUCGAUACCGUGAUCACCAACGUUGGUAACCACUACGAUUUGUCAACGGGAGAAUUUACUGCGCCGCAAUCUGGCACAUACUUCUUUUCGCUGAAUAUAGUUUGCGGACAACACAGCUACAUGCAUGUGGCGAUAUUCAGAAAUAAGAUCCCGGUUUUUAAGUCUUUGUGCGACGAUCGAUAUGGGAAUUCUCACCAUCAAAGUGGCGGCACAACCAUUUUGCAGCUGAACAAAGGUGACAAGGUCAGCGUUAGGAUGACAUACCCGCUUGCUGCUGAGAGUGAAGCUUUUGGGCGAGGAAUGACGUCAUUUACGGGGUAUUUAAUGCCAUAGACGUAUCAAAUUAUGUGCGAUAAAUGAGCGUAUUAAAUAUGAAUUUGUUUCCUUUUAAUGUCAAUUGUUAAAGAAUUUACACUGGAAGAUUUGUUUUUAAAUGCUCAUAUCGUAUAACAGACGAAUAAAACAUGUAUGGCUUACGCAAUAUGGAAUUUGUGCUGCGAAUCUUAAACGGAAUAAAAUCAGGACGUAUUCCUAUGCCAAAAGCCCUACUUGUAAGGUGUCGAUUCUAGGUGUAGGUCACAUGGAAGUAACCUAUUUACCGUUCAUAAUUUCUUAAUUAAGUCAGGUCCAAAUUAAACGAAACAAAGACGAGUGUUAGUAAAUUCAUCUUACACGCUAAAAACUAUGGUAAAACGUUUGUUGUAAAAAAUAAUCCUAACCGUCGUGUAAUUGUUAACAGUCCUUUACAGGUUUGAAUGCAACUCAAAUGCUGCAUAUUCGCGAUAUUAGCCAGAACGAAUAUCUUUUUCUACAAAAUUUAAUAAAGGUUGCACAAACAUAA